AUGAUGAACACUUUGGCAACUUUUUUCUGCUCUAUCGGGGCCAGAGGCGCAGUGUGUGAAGCUGCUCCAACUCAUCUUCCUCUUUCUCAGAAAGAUGAGACGGACGCAACCAUCAAGAGCAUGAGCAUCAACACAGUCAAGGUCAAGAGACUUGAUCGCUGGUUGGACAAGGUUGUUGCAGCUUCCGGAUCGAACACUGUACUGUUCUGCACUGUUGCGGCUUUGCUGGGUUGGGCAUUGGCUGGCAUCAGGUUCUCGCAAAACACUGGCUGGCAGGUUGGAAUCUCAGACGCGCAAGCCAUCAUCAACAUGGUCUUUGAUGCUUUUCUUGUGCGUCAGCAGCUGAAUGCGCAUGAGCAGGGCUUGGUCGUUGCUUGUCAUCUCCAGUCCAGGACCUUGAGCCACAAGAGAAUGCUUCGCACAUUAGCUCAUCUGGAGAAACUACAGCAGGUCAACUCGCCUCAAUUCGACACACCUGGAACGCGUGCCGACCUGCCUACUGAGGACAUGAUUAGCAGAAUCUGCAAUGCAGUCUCUGAAUUCAUGGGUCACACUGCGACAGUCAUUGGAUAUGUGAUUUGCAUCAUCGUUUGGCUUGCCUUCGGACACUACUGUCACUGGUCGGACGUCUGGUUCUUCUACAUCAACACUUCUACCUCUGCCCUCAUGGUUUUUAUGCUCGCUCUGCUUGCUAACGAUCGCGAGCGUCAUGAACAGUACCUGAAUCAAUGCACCACCAGAAUCAUGGCUGUCGACACAGAGCUGGAGCUUGUGCUUCGCGACAUCACAAAAGACACUAUCGAGAACGAGGCUGUUGUCAUCGAGGCCGCUGCCGUCAGUAAACUCCAACGUGCCAUCAAUUUCUACGCCGAUCUGGUUGGCACAUUGCUAGGCAUUGCUUUGCUGACCCUGAUCAUGGUCGUUUGGGUCGUUCUCGGUCCUGUCAUGAAGUUUGAUGCGAACUGGUGGUUGUUGAUUGGCACAUAUGCAGGUCUCAUCGGUAUGAACGACGGUUUCGUACUCAAGAAUCUGAGCAGCGUGUGUGCUCGCUACGAAGACAAGCACUACGAACAGCAGAUUCUUGAUGAUGCGGACCUGGUCGCCAUCAUUGGUGCGCCGAGCUCGCAGGCGAGUGAGAAUCAAUCGGUGACUCGAGCUGAUGUUCGCUUCUCCAUUGCCAUGGGCAACUUCUGCUCGCACGAGUACACUGUGGCCGUCGGUCUGGUCUCUAUCCUGGGUUUGCUACUUGUGGCCAGCUUGAUGCGCUGGAAUGAGCUGGGUCAGAUCAUCUGCAAUGUUCCUCCAAGCAUCAUUGAGUCGUUUUUCACGCUCAUCCUCAUCACUGGACACAACAUUGGAGAUAAGCAGAGACGCGCAAACUUGCAGAGCAUCUACCAGAAGAGACUUGACUUGAUCUCUCAUGUCAAGCAGUGGCAGGCUUAG